AUGGACAACCGCUACCGGCCACGAUCACCCCCUGGUCGACGCUACCACGAUCCGCGAGCCUCGACUGGCUUCAUCUCCACCCAAUUCGAACCCUCGUACCAUCCGUAUCCCAGGACCGCCGUUGAGCCCUAUCCUCCCCGUCACAACAGUCUUUACGACCCAGGCCCAGUCAAAAGAUACUCGUACCGUGAUGAUUCAUAUGGUGGAAAUGUGUCUCGAACCGAGUAUCCCAUCAACUUAUAUGGAAGACCGAGGAAUAAUUCAACCAUAUCCGCCGAAGGCCGAAGGCCUCUGAGCAUGAUCGCAAAGAACCAAUCUCCGCCGCGAUAUAGUAAGCCCGUCGUCAGCAAUGUAUCUCGAGACAUCCCUAGAAGUCCCCCACUAGCGCCUUCAGCGCCUCGAGAUGAGCCCAACAGGUACCUCCUCCCUGCUCGAUCUGGGGGCUCAGACCACCAUCAGCGUCACUACAGCGCAAAUCGCGCGGAUGCUGAUAGACUCAUACCGGCGGCUCCACGGACUAGACGUGGAGAGUAUCAUCAGGCUGGCGGUUACAGCAACCCAAAAGGCUAUGCGGGCGGAAGGGGUGUGAAGGAAGACGACUUCUCUUACACCGGCCCUAGGGAGCAAUUCGCCAGGGACUUCCCUGUCCGGUCAUCGCAACCAAGAGAGCCGUACCCUCCACGACGCGAGCGUCCAGUGAGUGCCAUGGAGAUACCUGAGCAUAAACCGCCAUCCGGCAGACGUGAGAUGGGUCCGCCACCAAUUCCUCGCCAGCCGGAUCGUCUGGAACCUGUUCGCCGUUCAGGCUUCGAUAACGAGCCCGACAAAUCCAGCGACAUACCGCAACGACGGCACUCAAUGCGUACACCAGUUGUUCAUCAGCACCGCGACGAGGGCUACGGCUCGGCUCGCGAUGAAUAUGAUCGCCCGAUGCCCAAAACCAGGCGCGAGCGCUUAGAUGAUGAUGACGGUGCUGCUGCUGUCAAGCCAAGACAGCGAGAAUUGGACGCUCAGUACGAUCGCGAGAAGGACUACCGUCGGGAUCGGGAACGGGAACGAGAGCUUGAGCGGGACCGGGAGAGAGAUUACCACAAGGAGCGCGAACGGGAAUUACGUGACCGAGACAAGGAACGGGAGAAAGACCGACCGCGCGAUCGGGACCGUGAACGUGAACGUGAUCGCGACAAGGAUCGUGAACGCCCUCGCCCCUCGGACAAGGGCAAGAGACCAGACGACGACCGGGAACCGCGCGGAAAAGAAGGCAGCCCUGAGCGGUCAGGUGCGGCGAAGGCCGCCGCCGCCGGCCUUGCAGGCGUUGGAGCUACAGCUAUUGCUAAUGCUGUUCUAAAAUCUAAGAAGCCCGAGGAAGCCUCGGAUAGCGAUGAGCGCAAGGAGCGUCGACGUCGCCACAAACACCGAGAGAAGGAGGAUGCUGAAGUCGACCCACGAGAGGCUGAGAUGCCUCGCGAGCGAAGGAGUAAAGACCAUGUUCCGCCGCCGGAAGACCGUGGGCGAGAGGACAUUGGCCAUGGUGGCUCGAAGCGCGGUGACGAGUCUAGCGAAUCGCAUGAAGACGACGGUGGUCGCCGGCGUCGCCAUCGCCAUCGCCAUCGUGAUCGCGACGAGGUGGAUGCCCCAUCCAGCGAGGCGAGACUUGCGCCCCCAGACAGCAAGGACGACAGGGAGCCUAGUCCUGGGGAAGAUGGCACAGGUCGUCGACGUCGACGCGACAAAUCCCGCAACCGCGAGCCCGAGACUUCCGAGUACCCUCCAGAGCAUCGUACCCUUUCACCCGGCGAGAACGAAGAUGACCGACCACGACGGGUGCAGCUCGUUGAACCGAUCGAGAAACGAGAUGAUGUCAAACCCCGAGGUAUCCUCAAGCCUCAGCGUACAACUCCUUUCCCAGAAGAUCCCAACCCCACUCGCGAAGGCGUUGCGCCGUUGAAGGACGCCGGCAAGCAAGGCAUCCCACCGGGGGCGCGCUGGACUAAAAUUAGCCGAAUGCUUGUGAAUCCCGAGGCGCUUGAGCGGUCACAGGAGCGCUUCGAGGAAAGGGACGACUACGUAAUUGUGCUCCGCGUCGUCACGAGAGAGGAGAUUGCGAAGUUUGCAGAGAAGACCCAAGAGAUCAGAGCUGAACGUGAGAAUCAGUGGAAGGAGGAGGUGGAUAGGCGCCGUGCCCAGGGGGGGCAGCAGCGGCCUGACGAAGAUGCCAUCAGCGACAACGAGCUUGAUGAGCCACAACGAGCCCUCGACUCCAAACCCGCUGUGCCGGGGGUAGAUCCUCAGACAUACCUCAAUGAAGGUCAGUCAGCGCAAGAAUAUACGGCUGUGCCUAUACCAGAGGUCAAGCUUGAUGAGAGCACAAACUACUCGACCAACGUAUAA